UGAGCAAUAUUAUCUGCAGAGCCUAGACCAAUCCCUGUAAUUAUGUCAGCCGCAACAGACCGAGCUCGAGCUGUGUGGCUCCGAUGCCUGGCCUCGGCGUUCAGGACUGCCCUGGCAUGUACUAUAGUGGGUUGCACCACCCUCUACGGUCCAGCUUCUAUCCGUCACCAUAUAGCCUUCCCUGCAUUCUCUUAUGCGACUGUAAUACUCAUAGUCACUGAUGCAACCUUAGGUGACGCUCUUCAUGGUUGCUGGCUAGCACUCUAUGCCACGGUCCAGAGCGUGGGGCCGGCUCUGCUCAGCCUUUGGCUGAUUGGUCCAGCUAUGCUUACUGGUGGCACCAUAUCAUUAGCAGUGGCUGUGGGUGCAUUUGUGGUGGUUUUUCCUGAGGGGACUCAUUUAGUUGCAAAGCGAAUUGCAUUGGGUCAGAUUGUUAUCGUGUACGUUGUAGCUUUUAUCAAUGGUGUGCAUACCGAGGCUAUUAUGCAUGCUUUGCAUGUAGCCGCUAGUACUGCUAUUGGAGUCUUAGCUUGUGUUCUUGCCUUGCUGUUACCGUAUCCAAGACUGGCUUGUUGGGAGCUGAAACUGAAUUGUGAAAGGCUAGCAGAAAAUGUUUCUGAGAGGCUGAACCUUUAUGUAAAAGCUUUCUGUGCGGAAGACAACGCUUUGGCGUUGACAUCUAUCUCUCAAGCCAGGUCAUUGGCUGUUGCUGGAGCCAAACUUCUUCAGUGUAUUACACGCUACCAAGAAAGCGUGAAAUGGGAGAGACUUCCAUUGAGAUUUUUGAGAAACUUGUACUUGAAUCCGGGAGAGAGAUUGCAAGAGCUCGAGAUACCAUUAAGAGGGAUGGAAAUGGCUUUAACCAGCUGUACCACCUCAUUACCUGUAAGAAUUCUAGAUGGAGAGACCAAACAUGGUCUAGUUCAACUAGUGGAGAAUGUUAGCCUCGCCCAAAAACAGAUCAAGAAUUGUUUGUCUAGAGAUUCUUUAACUGUUCCAGAAUCAAAUGCUGAUAAUAUUGUCGAAUCCCACCAAACACUUCAGACAAUCUCAACAAGGCACCAAGAUUUGCCUUCUUUUUUCUUCUUAUUUUGCAUGAAACUCCUCCUCUGCAAAUCACUGGGGAAACCAAUUACCCCCACACAACAAAAAGGAUCGAGCACUCCAUGUAAGCAAACUGGGUUCUCCAAGAGCACGUGGAUGAGCAACUGGUCUACAAGUGUAAGCAGCAAAAGGCUUAUGCCAGCAUUCAAAUGCUCUCUCUCCUUGGGUCUCGCUGUCCUGUUUGGUUUGAUAUAUAGCAAGAAUGAUGGUUAUUGGUCAGGCCUCCCUGUAGCGAUUAGCUUAGCUGCUGCAAGGGAGGCAACAUUCAAAGUUGCCAAUGCCAAAGCACAGGGGACAGUAUUAGGGACUGUAUAUGGAGUAUUUGGCUGCUUUGUGUUCGAAAGGCACUUGUCAAUAAGGUUCAUCUCUCUCCUUCCUUGGUUCGUUGUUACUAGUUUUCUGAGGCAUAGCAAGACGUAUGGCCAGGCAGGUGGAAUUUCUGCAGUGAUUGGAGCUGUGCUAGUACUGGGCAGGAAAAAUUUUGGCCCACCAAGCGAAUUUGCUAUAGCAAGAAUUGUGGAAACCUUUAUUGGAUUAUCUUGCUCAAUCAUGGUAGACCUUCUCUUGCAACCCACCAGAGCUUCUUCUCUAGCCAAAACACAGCUUUCUAAAUGUUUCGAGACAUUGUCAGCUUGCAUUGGCUCAAUAAGCCUAGCAGCCAACAACAAAACCAACUUGCUAGAGAACCAGAGGAGACUAAAAUUGGAUGUUAGUGAACUAGGGAAGUUCAUUGGAGAAGCUGAGGUGGAGCCCAACUUCUGGUUUUUGCCUUUUCCUAGUCCUUGCUAUUUUAAUCUCUUGGGGUCUUUGUCAAGGCUGGUGGAUCUCUUGAUUUUUAGUGCUGAUGCAGUGGGACUCCUUGAACAUGAAUCACAAAAAUUUGGAGCUUCGUGGAAGGAGUACGUAACUAAGCUAGAUGGUGACCUUGAAAUUUUCAAGGAAAUGGCUGGUUCCUUGGUUAAAUGUUUUGAGGAUGUCACGAUGUUGUUAUCCUUAGAAUUUCUUGAAAAGGAACUUGAAAACAAAAACAUCUCUCAUGAUCUUGAAAUGGGAAAAUCUUCAAACAGGAACAUUUUUAAAGUUUCCGGCUUAGAUGAAGACAAGAUAGAUAGCGUCACCAGUUCUUAUCUCCAACAUUCAAAGGAAAUGGUAGACAAGUUUCACGCAGAUGAUGAAGGGGAAAGAGAACUGAAGAGUCAGGUGGUCUUGUGCAUGAGUGCUCUAGGUUUUUGCAUGAACAAUUUAAUAAAAGAGACCAAAAAGAUUGAGAAGGGAAUCAUUGAAAUUCUUCAAUGGGAAAACCCUUCAAAACACAUAAAUUUGUACGAAAUCUCAUGUAAAAUCCGUGCUCUAUACAAUUGAACAAUAUUGUACCAAUUUACAAUUUUAAUGCAAAAGCCCCAUGUUUUUUUCGGGUAUAAUAUUUUGAAAAA